GAACGCAACGAUCAAUCGUUCUGAUUCACGUUUUUUGAACACAUUUUCAAAUCUAUUAAACGGUAAAGUAGGUCACUACGCGAUACGUAUAAAACAAAGACAAACCAGAACGCGUUCAGACCCUUAAGCGUUAAACGAGAAUCGAAACAUAAAACGGUCACAGCGCGACGCGCGAAAACAUAAACAAUCAGCACGCGUUCUGAUCUUAAGCGUUAGGUCGUACGUUCAGGCGAUCAUGUUCGGGCACCGGAUAUCGCAAAUUGAGAAUCAAAAGAAAUACUGAUAAUGCAUUAUGGGUGCUGUUGACAUGAAUGCGAAAUCGCAUCUUAAAACAUCCAGUAAAUUGGGUCAUGGCGCGCUACGCAUAAGCGUAAACAAGCUCGGAAGUGUGUUGGGAUAAACGUAUGAAUUUCGGACCUUAAGCGUAAAUUGAUCAUGCUCAUCAUAACAAUCAAUAUAAAACACAGAGGAAGCAUUACGAAUGCUAUGGGAUCAAACUCAAAUGCUAUCGUAUGGAAAUGAUUUCAUCUCGUUUUAAUCCCUUCAUCUCACUUUUACCUUUAAGACUCAGAAUCCAUAAGUUAGUAUAUAAGGCGGAAGAAAUUACGAAUAAAGCACUUACAAUCUUACAACGAACGAGAACAGUCGCGUCCGCGUUUCAUUUCCGCGAACUUAAGUAAAAAUCGCGUCUUCGCGUAAAUUCCACUCCAGUGGAUUAUAUGGUGGCUCCAGAGAGGAGUUAUAGCAAAGAAGUGCUCAUAACUCCAGUGUCGAACUUAUUCGACUAAAGUUUGAAUUUAAAGUGAUAAAAGUUCAAAGUUAAAUCGCUUAAAAAUUAGUGAAAUUAAACCGUGGUUUAAGCGUUUUGUUCAAGUUUAAAGGUUGUUACGUCAACCUCCGAAUAUUUUAAUUCUCCGAUUUCGACCUUCGAUCGUUUCAAAAAUCGUCGUUGCUUAUAUUCUGUGUCAACAAAUAUAGCUUAAACCAUUAUAGGAACAUUAGUGCUUUACGUUGUGUUGUGAAAGUUUCUAAAAACUAUUGUGAAAGACAUUGCUCCGACACACGCGGGAAACCCAGAGAAGUACCGUGCAACAUCAUCACAGCGAAGCCAUCCCAGUUCCAGUUCGGUUCUAGCUCCUGCCGAUUUACAAGAGGAAAGUGUCAACUUAUUCAGGUAAGCCAAUUUUCUUAUCAUACGGCAAGGAAAUCGCAGAUUCGUCCAAAAUGCCUUUCAACUUUGUUAAAAACCGCAAUGGUAGCUGCCGCCUAUGUGAAGGUAUUGAUACCUCCGAAGAAACAAUGGCGGAAUGCUUCGAAUGCGACCGAUGGUUCCAUUUGCAAUGCGUUAGACUGACUCGCAGUCCAACACCAGCCGACUGCUGGUUAUGCCCCAAGUGCCAAAAGAUUAAAUACGAGUUGAAACGUAUGGAAUCUGCGAUGGAGGCAUAUGCAAAAAAGGAUGGGGAAAGAACAAAGGAAAGCAUGGACGAAUCCAGUUUGGACACCACUAUGAAAGAAAUGGUUAUCAACCAAGGAAAAAUGGUAGAUAACCAAAAGCAACAGAUGGAAGAAUUUUUCAACGCUUUCAAAUCCAUGAUGGAUGAAAGAAAAGGUCCAUCGCACAUGGAAACCUUCUUACGAAGACAAUCCUUGAUGCAAUUGCCAAAGUUUGGAGGUGAUCCAAAAGAAUGGACAAACUUCAAACAAACGUUUGACAAAACAAACGAAGAAGGCAAAUUUACGGAUUUAGAAAAUCUAAACCGUUUAAGACAAGCUUUGAACGGAGACGCCUUAAGGCACGUUCAACAGCUUAUGAUGGAAUCUAAAAACGUAGGCGAAAUUAUUAAAAGGUUAGAAGAAAAAUUUGGAGGAACAGAUCUAAUUUAUUUAGAACUGUUGAAUGGAUUACAACGACUAAAAAAAGAUUCAAAGAAUAUAGUCGUUGAUCUAAUAAAUGCAUUAGAAAAUUUAGUGCAUACAAUUACACUCAUGGAAGAACCAUCCUAUCUCAGUGAUCAUAGAUUGGUGCUUGAUUUAACGUCAAAGCUUCCCUAUAACAUACAACUCGAUAGAGCCAAGUAUGUAACUAAGGAAAAAGUCAGCUUAAGGGAUCAAACAUUAGACGAACUAUGCGAAUGGCUUAAACCUUAUGCGAAAACCGCAACUGUUAUGAGUACGUUACAAUCGUUUACUCAAAAGGGACACGUUAACGUCCAUGAGUCAAAGAGCGAAUCAAAGCCGAAAAAACUAGGAUCCGAUCAACCGGAAACCAGCAAACAAAAGGCAAAAUGCUUAAUAUGCAAUAAGCCACACGAAACUAUCAAAUGUUACGCCUUAGUGAAUAAAAAUGUCACAGAGCGUCAACAGAUAGUUAAAAACAAACGUCUUUGUGCAGGAUGUUUAAAAUCAAACAAUCAUGCCAUAGACGCUUGUAGAAGCGCACAAAAGUGUGGUAUUAAUGGAUGUACAUCAAAACAUCACAAAAUGCUUCAUCCUUCGGGAACAACUCCAGCAGUUGAACAAGAAGCCGUUAAUAACCAUCACGAAGUACAAGUGCCGUCUUCGACGCAUUAUCAAGUGUUACCAGUAACAUUGAUGAACAAAGAUAAAUCCGUUAAAACAUACGCCUUUUUAGAUCCGGGUUCAUCUCUAACCCUAUUAGAUGCAAAAAUCGCCAGGAAACUCUCUUUAACGGGAGAAAAUAUUCCACUUCAACUGGUUUGGGCUCAAGGUACGAAGGCCGACCAUGAAGGAAGUCAAAGCGUAAAUUUGAGAAUUAGAGGUGCAUCAAAAAAGACUUUUAUCCUAAAAGACGUUAGGACAAUCAAAAAUUUAAUGUUGCCAAUACAAACAUUAAACUAUAACGAAUUGUGUCUUAAGUACUCUUAUUUGAAAAAUUUACCGAUUAAUGAAUUUGAGAAUGUACAACCGACAAUCGUAAUCGGUAUAAAACAUAAUCAAUUGUUAAUGGGGCUAAAGCAUCGAUAUGGUAAACAAGGAGAGCCCAUUGCUAUGAAAACCAAAUUAGGUUGGCUCGUUUACGGAAGAAAUUCGGAUAAUGAAAAUACGAAUUUUUCAAUGGUUAUCCAAGAACAGGUAGAUAUCCAAAAGAUGAUGUCUAACUAUUUUUCAGUUGAAGAUUUUGGUGUAAAACCAAUAAAACAACUUCCGGAAUCGGAACAAGAAAAAAGGGCAAAACAAAUCCUAGCAAGCACUUUGAAAUGCAAAGAUGGACGUUAUGAAGUCGGUUUGUUAUGGAAAAAGGAUAAUCAUCAAUUUCCCGCUAGCCUUGACUAUGCAAUGUCAAGACUCAUAAGCUUGGAGAAGAAAUUGCAAAGAGAUCCAGAACUAAAGGACUGGGCAUUGACAACUUUCGCAAGCUAUGUAGAAAAGGGUUAUGCUAGAAAACUAGAACCUUGGGAAACUGAAAUAAAGCCGUCGAACACGUUUUAUUUACCACACUUUAUAGUAAUAAAUAAAAAUAAAAUCCCGCCCAAACCAAGAUUAGUGUUUGACGCAGCAGCGAAAAUAAAAGGACAUUCGCUAAAUUCGGCCUUAUUAUCAGGGCCAGAUAGCACAACCUCGUUAUUCGGAAUUCUUUUAAGAUUCCGUGAAGGUAAAUAUGCCAUUUGUGGUGACAUAAAAGAAAUGUUUCACCAGGUAAAGAUCCGCAAAGAGGAUCAAAACACCCAAAGAUUUCUUUGGCGAGACUGCGAAAAUCGUAGUCCAGACACUUAUGUCAUGCAGGUAAUGACCUUUGGCGCUACCUGCUCACCAGCCUGCGCACAGGCUGCAAAAAAUUCCAAUGCCGAACGGCUAAAGGAUAAAUAUCCGCUAGCAUUAACACCAAUCGUACAUCAACAUUAUGUCGACGAUUAUAAUGACAGCUUUAAUUCAAUAAACAAGGCAAUAGAAACAGUGGAACAGGUUAUAAAAGCUCACGAUGAAGGGGGCUUCUUUAUUACCAAAUUCUGUUCAAAUAAUAAGGAGUUGCUCAAUACUAUAUCAAGUGAUAGGAUCGACGAAGAUAACAUAAAGGUGCAAGAAAGCAAAAAUGAGGAAUCAAAAAUACUUGGCAUUUAUUGGAAUACUAAAAAGGAUAACAUCGGAUUUCAUUCGAAAUUAGAUAAACUACCAGCCGAUGUGUCUCUCAAGUUAAGGCCUCCCACCAAACGGGAAGUACUAUCAUUUGUCAUGAGCUUUUUUGAUCCGUUAGGAUUAAUAUCCAACGUUACGAUACAAGGAAAAAUUCUUAUGCAGGAAGUGCAUAAAGAGACGAAUGAAUGGGACGUACCAAUUUCAGAUAAUUUAUUUGUAAUAUGGAACACUUGGUUGAAAUACAUCGAGCAGACCAAACAUAUUCGUAUUCCUAGAUGGAUCAUGAAAUCGCCCACAUCGGAAAUAGAGCUACACACCUUUGUAGACGCUUCCGAUAAGGCGUUUGCGGCCGUUAUCUACGCCAGAAGCGUGGACAAUGGUAAACCGCACGUUCAGAUUCUCGCAGCCAAGGCUCGAGUGGCACCAAUAAAGAUGUUAUCAAUUCCUCGUUUAGAACUACAAGCUGCAUUAUUAGGGGUUAGGCUGCUGGACACGGUAAAAGGUGAAAUGAGAAUCAAAGCAUCCGAAACAACAUUUUGGAGCGAUUCUAAAACGGUGUUGGCAUGGAUAAAAUCCUCUCAUCGUAAAUACAAACCGUUUGUUGCCCAUCGUAUCGGAGAAAUUCUCGAUACAACAACAAUGAAUCAAUGGAGAUGGGUACCAUCAGAAUUGAAUCCAGCAGAUGAAGCUACAAAGGUUAUAACAAAACCUUCAAUAUGGCUAACAGGGCCAAGGUUCUUGGCACUCGAUCGAAAAGAGUGGCCUAAAGACGUAACCGUCGAAACGGUAGAAAACGAAAAUCCUGAGUUUGUAGGUGCGAUAUUUGAAAAACCGAAAACGCCCUGCAAUCAGGAUCGUGGCCGAGCAGAUUAUGAACGAAGCUAUGAAUAUAUCGUUAAGGAAUUUACACCACAGGAGUGUAAACUAGCUCAAACGUUAGGAGAAAUUGCUUUAUCAAUCAAUACGAAGGUUAGGGAAUUGCGUCGCAAUCACACCACAAGGGGGGAAGCACUCAUCGUUGGCAGCAUCCAGGGAACAGCUUGCAGCGGAGGAACGUAUCGGACAUCGAGCUACACGUGGGAAAACGCGUUGGUAUACUACGAGUACGAAAUCGGGUUAUACGACUACGUGGCUACGGCAGACCUCGAGAACGAUCAAAUCACGCUGCGUAGUGGUCUUGUUUGCGCGCAUACAACGGGUUGGUGUCUAGAUCCAGAUUACGGCUACCUCACCUGGGAAGUGGACCUGCGGCGGCAAUGCGAGCGAAACGACUUCGAAAUCGUCUAUGAAGGUAUUGUAAACAAAACCAUCGAUAAUGCAAAGGUAAAUGCAGCGAACACAGUCUACACCUUAAUCUCGAAAGAGCAUAUGUUUUCGAUAAGAGCUCGAGACGCUACACAGAUAUGCGGCUUCAAUAGCUACGUCACCGACCAUCCUAAGAUGUUCGUCCUCGAGCUAAGUGGUUAUCAAUCGCCAUUCCAACGAAAAGCGGUCGACGGAAGAAACCUCGACUUAUUCACGUACUUCAAUUCAAAAAUCACUCUGGUAGAAAACUAUCUCGGCCAAAAGUUAAACGACGUAUACUUCACAGUAAUGACCGAGAUGUGCAAAAUCGAUAAGGCACUUCUGGAAACCAAGCUGACUCUGGCUCGACUAAAUCCUAGUGAAUUCGUCACAAACCUGGUGAAACGUCCCGGAUAUACGGCCGUCGUAGCAGCAGAAGUAUUAUACAUCCUUGAAUGUAAGCCAGUCUACGUUACAUACGAAAGCAAAGAAGACUGCUAUCAGGAGAUUCCGGUAAAAUACAAUAACCGGUCAAUGUUCAUAGCUCCAGUAACCAGAAUGUUACAACUAAGAGGCACGCAAAUGGAUUGCACUCCGCUCUUGCCUGCGAAAUUUACCAUCGGUGGAAGAUGGUAUACGACCGACCAACGUUUGCGUGAAACAACAGCACCACAGCAACUAACAACCGAUAUCGUAACGAGCUGGACAUACACACCAUUGCCGAAUCUAAUGGAGAGCGGUGUCUACGACGCCGAAAGCCUACAAAAAAUGAAAAAUAUGGUGUAUGAACAAGGAGAUAAAAGAAUAGCGACAUCAGUACUACAUAAGAUGAUCAACGGUGAACAUCCGAAUCUGCAAGGAUUUACCUUCGAUGGACUCGUGUCAGAAAAGACUCAGAAUCCAUAA